AUGGCAACGAAACCACGUGCCAUAACGGUAAAGGGACUGCAGUCACUCCUUGUACGCAUCGGUUUAGCAUCGUCAGGAACCAAGGCAAUCCUCGAGGGACGCUUUCGGCACAACUUCACCAAACCCCGUCUCUUUGCUCGUCAUCCAGAAUGGGAAGCCUCGCGGCCUACAGACCAAAAACUCCGCAUUAUGAGCAUCGACAUGGGUAUCAAGAAUCUAGCUUUCUGCGAGGCUGAAGUCUCAUACCCGGUGAAAGAUGGUCUGAAUGCGAAGAUGGAUAUCUUGAGGUGGGAAAGGGUGGAUCUUGCUUCUACAAGACAUCAAGGCGCAACCGAAAGCAGCCAACCAGACACGACCAGACUGAAUGACGCGGAAGCGGGCGCAAAUGAAGAAGUGGAUCCUUAUUCCCUGGAUACUUUGUCUAAAACUGCGUACAAGCUUAUCAAGGAAACGAUACUAUCUGGGUCUCCGGAUGUCAUCUUGAUCGAAAAGCAGAGGUGGCGAUCAGGUGGUGGUAGCGCGGUACAGCAGUGGACGCUUCGCGUGAACACAUUGGAAGGCAUGCUAUGGGCCGUGCUGGAAACAAUACAGAAUGAGACAGACGCUACCCAGACAAACAAGGAAAAGAAGAAUCUAUACGACGUUUUUGCCGUAGAUCCAAAGCGCGUAGGACACUACUGGCUUGGACAAAAUGACCAGCGUCUUGCCACGGACGAAGCUACUUCCUCACCCGCAAAAGACAUUCAAAACGAAGCGGAAGACCAGCCCACACUCAGCCGCUCCAAAGCCGAAAAGAAGGCUAAAAUCUCUCUCCUGCGCUCCUGGCUCACUGCAUCUCCACCCUCGACCUCACCCACAGUCACCAAAUCAACACCCCCAAUCUCCUUUGUAAUCAGCAAUCACGCACAGCCGGCCUACCGCGCCCUCUGCUUCCCCCGCCGCAAGAAGCAGAAUAGCGAGUUCAAGGAUGCAGAGAGCGUAAUCGGCGAUAUCUCCGGAUCCGAAAUGAAGAAGCUGGACGAUGUCACUGAUUGCUUUCUCCAAGCUGCGGCUUGGGUGAGCUGGGAGUCGAAUCGCCAGCAGCUAUGCGAUAUUUGGAGGAGGAACGUGAGACGGGAUGGCAGUUUGAUGGAUGAGAAUGAAGUGGAUUUGAGUGAAUUGAAUAAUGAUCGGUUGCUGGAGAUGUGGGACGAGGUUGAAGGGUAA